GAAAUCCAUCUUGCUUUUCUGAAAUGGCUUGAGGGAAAUGUAGAUGCUGAAGGAUUAAGAGCAUCCAGCAAGGUGUCUCUUAAAUUUGUUUCAUCCUGUGAAUCAAAAAUGGAGAUAACGCCGUCUCUCAUGCCAGUUAUCACUGAAAUGGGAAGCUUCUCAUCAGAACAUUUCAGCCUGAAAACAUAUCAACAGAAUCUUCAAACAAAGAAGCUUGGGAAGAUUAUUCUUUUUACUGAAGUUACAACAACAACAAUGGAUCUUCUGGAUGGGUUAAUGUUCGAGUUGCCUGAGGAGAUGGGUUUAAUAGCAAUUGCUGUUCGACAAACACAAGGGAAAGGUCGUGGUAGUAAUAUUUGGCUCAGUCCCGUGGGCUGUGCACUCUCCACUUUGCAUAUGGCCAUUCCUCUACAUUCUAACCUGGGGCAGAGAAUUCCUUUUGUUCAACACCUGGUAUCCUUGGCAGUGGUAGAGUCAGUUAGAUCAAUACCAGGAUAUGAGAAUAUUGAUCUGCGAGUAAAAUGGCCAAAUGAUAUUUACUACAGUGAUCUUAUGAAGCUUGGUGGAGUUCUGGUAAAUUCUACGCUUAUUGAAACAACAUUUCAUAUACUUAUUGGCUUUGGAUUUAAUGUGAGUAACAGCAACCCCACCAUAUGUAUCAAUGAUCUCAUCACAAAAUUUAAUAAGGAAGAGGGGACAAAGCUGAAGGCUUUAACUGCAGACUGUCUUAUUGCAAGAACUGUAACUGUGCUGGAGAGGCUCAUAGAUAUUUUCCAGGAGAAGGGGCCCAACGGAGUUCUUCCCCAUUACUACAAGUACUGGGUACACAGCGGUAAGCAAGUCCGUCUCCACAGUGAGGAUGGCCCAAUUGCAUGGAUAGUCGGGAUAGAUGACUACGGAUUCCUUCAAGUUCAUGAAGAGGGCAAAGGUGUGGAGUCUGUGCACCCAGAUGGCAACUCUUUUGACAUGCUGAGAAACCUGAUAGUCCCAAAGCAUUCAUAG